AUGGGUAGAUGGGAGGCGCUCGUCGCUAUUGCGGUCGUGGCGGUAUUUCUCGCGGCGUCGGCCGGGAAAGUGGACGCGGCUAAGGCGGCGGCCAAGGGGAAGUACCGAGCGCUGUUCAACUUCGGGGACUCACUGGCUGAUGUUGGCAAUCUUCUGAUAGCAAACGGCGUCCCAGACAACCUCACCACCGCGAGGCUGCCUUACGGGCAGACCUACUUAGGCAAACCCACCGGCCGGUGCUCCGACGGCCGCCUAGUCAUCGACCACCUGGCGCAAGAAUUCGGGCUGUCGCUGCUGCCGCCGUCCAAGGCCAAUCACUCGGACUUCAAGCACGGGGCCAACUUCGCCAUCACCGGCGCGACGGCGCUCGACACGCCCUACUUCGAAGCUAGGGGCCUCGGUGCGGUCGUCUGGAACUCCGGUGCCCUCAUGACCCAAAUCCAGUGGUUCCGUGAUCUCAAGCCUUCCUUCUGCAACUCCACCAAGGAAGAAUGCAAGGAAUUCUAUGCCAACUCGCUGUUCGUUGUUGGCGAGUUUGGUGGCAACGACUACAAUGCACCCCUAUUUGCAGGCAAGGGCCUUACAGAGGCCUACAAGUUCAUGCCGGAUGUCAUCCAGGGCAUCUCCGACGGUGUCGAGGAAUUGAUCGCUGAGGGGGCAGCAGAUCUUAUUGUGCCAGGGGUGAUGCCCACUGGGUGCUUUCCUGUGUACUUGAACAUGCUCGAUAUGCCAGCCCACGAGUAUGGCUCCCGGAGCGGGUGCAUCCGUCAGUACAACACGUUCUCAUGGGUGCACAAUGCACAUCUCAAGAGAGCACUAGAGAAGCUCCGGCUCAAGUACCCCAAUGUGCGGAUCAUAUAUGGCGACUACUACACACCAGUUGUCCAGUUCAUUCUUCAACCUGAGAAGUUUGGAUUUUACAAGCAGUUACCUAGGGCAUGUUGUGGGUCUCCUGGGUCUGUUGCCAAAGCCGUUUACAACUUCAAUGUCACAGCCAAAUGUGGGGAGCCUGGUGCCACUGCUUGCGCUGAUCCAUCGACCCAUUGGAGCUGGGACGGUAUUCACUUGACGGAGGUUGCUUAUGGUCAUAUCGCCAGGGGUUGGUUAUAUGGCCCUUUUGCGGACCAACCGAUUGUUCAGUCCCUGUAG